GGUGUCAUGUUUAGUCAGGAUGCUGAAUGAAAGUUUCUACCUCUUCUUAACAGGGAAGUUGAGUAAGAGAUCCGGCCAAGAUGUCGGGAGGCAUAGCUGAUGGUGUCGGGAAGGUCCUGACAAUUGAUGACUUGGUUGAGGCCCUAGACAGGCGAGAGAGGUUGCAAAGCAAUGUUCCCAAGGUCAACACCUUCUAUUUUAACGGGGAGCGAGUUUCAGAGUGGUUGGAGUUGGUGGAACAGACACUGGUGGGGCUAUCGGAUGCGGUGAAGUUCCGACGUAUUUUGAAGUACGUACUCCAUGGGCACCACCAGGAGGUAUAUAAGGUGAUAAACGCAACUAACGACAACUGGGCGAGAUUUAAGGAUGGAAUGCAACGGAAGUACAGGCUGGGUGAUGGCUUGUUGAUGACUGCAGAUUUGGAGGCGAUGAUCAGAGACGAUGAAUUUAAGAAAAAGGCAAGGAAGGUCCCCAAAAUCUCGGAAGAGGCACAAUUGUGCUAUCUUCCUAGGACUGUUCACUGCCUCGGAAGCCUCGGAAUUGCCGAGUCAUGGAGGAGGAAGUGCGAAACUCACCUGGGCCACAAUCGACAAAGGGAUAGAGGAAGGGAGUUUGGACCAGAUGGAACAGUACCAAAUGCGCUAGCAAAGGCGGAAGAGGAAGAAGUGAGAUGCGACCUCCUGAGGGACAAGGGGGCUGAAAAGGAUCGUUAUAGAUGUACUUGCAGAAUUGGGUUAUGGGAAAGACGUUGUGGUACAAAAGAAAGUGGUGGCAACGAUCCAAGGGAAGGGGAAGGAGCCGGUCGCAGAGGAGGCCGUCCAGGAGGAGUGGGAAAAAGAAGAGUCGGUGCCCCAACACCUUCUAAAGGCGUAGCGCAAACAACGCAAUUUGACGUAGGGAGGGCAAGGCUCCGGAAAGGGAUAGGUGCCCCAAGCAUUGGUAGUAGCCUCGCCGAGUACGUCAGCUCCAUCAAGUACUACCGUAUGGGCAGUAGUCAUGGCCUGUGUUUAACACCUUCGUGCCAAGCGGAGGCCCAGCUCCGUCUCGACAGAUGGUACCAUACGCAGGGCCCCAAGCAAGUAUGCCACCGCCAUGCUAUCCUGCAACGCAGGCCCAGCCCAUGGCGCCACCUCCAUCGCCCGCACCGAGUUCACAGGAUAGCGUGGCAGGAGGAGGGAAUCAGAGCCAGGGCAACCAGGGAAUUGGAGGAAGAGGCGGCGGGAGAGGAUGUGGCAGGAAUGGUGGUGGCCGAGGUGGACAAUGGGACAACCAAGGUUACCAAGGCUAAGGGAAUCAAGGGAAUCAAGGAGAUCAGGGGUACGGGAGACCUCAUUUUGACUGGAGGACCGCUAUUUGCCAUCAUUGCGACAAGCAAGGUGGAGCCGACGUCAGUUCUUCUGGGAAAGAUGGAGGAUUUGUGGGAGAAAGUGGGGAAAUACCAGCAGAAGUUGAUAAAUAUAUGUGAAGAAGUGAAAGAGUGGAGAGCCAACAUCCCCAAAGUCUUCCUCUACGAAUCCGGCCCAGAGUCAGUACUGAGACGGCUAGGUUACCUUGAAGUAGCCACUGUGGGGUCGGUCCCUCGGUCCGGAAUGACCUCCAGGCCCCCUACUUCGCAAGGGAGAAUGGCGCAACCAGCGCAAACCAGGGGCCAGAGUAAGGCAAGUGCCAGUCGAGAACCCCCUCGGAGAGAGCCAGCGCCAGACCGAAGGAAAAAGGUCAUAAAGGUAGAGGAGGACGAUGAUGAAGAAGAGCAGGAUGAUAGGCUGCGUCAAGAGGAGGAUCGAAGGGUGGAGCAAAGGGCCAAGAAGAGGGGAGUCCAGGAGGAAGCCGAACCGAUUUUGCGUGAUGCGACGCCAAAGAAGAAGAAGUAUGCGGUCCGGUUGGAAGAAGGGUUUGAUGUGGAAAAUGUGAUUGAUAGGUUGUUUGAAGGUCAUAACGACCUUGUGACCUUGAAGGAGAUCCUGACGUGUGCUCCUAAGCUCCGUAACGAGCCAAAGGGAAGGCUUUCACGGCGGUUGGUGCCAAAUGUCUAUCUAGGAGUAAUUCUGCCAAAGAAGGCGGAAUGGGCGAAAACAAGGACAAAAAUGGACUGGAAGUGUGUGGCCUACGAAAUGGUGGAUUUAGUGGUAAAGGGGUCGAAGUGUGCAGCAAUGGUGGAUACAGGAGCGGAGAUGAAUAUCAUCAAGGGAGCUGAUGCACUCAGGUUUGGGUUGGAGAUAGACCGCUCGGAUUGCGGCAUUCUGCACGGGGCCAACUGCAAGGUAGUAUUUUGCAGAACAAUAUUAAACGUGCUUAUUGAGAUUGGACGGCGAAGGCCAGAGCUUGCUUCUUCGUCAUGCCGGACAUGGACCAUGCCAUCCUCCUAGGAAGGUUGUUCCUAUGCAAGACAAAGACGUUGAUGUUCAACAAACACGACGAAACUUU